AUGCUCGUUCUUUACGAAACCUCUGCAGGUUACGCCUUGUUUAAGCUUGUCAAGGACAAUAAAUUAGAUAAGCCUGAAGAGCUCUACAAGGAAUUUCAAGAUGCCGAAAGCGCUAACAAUGUCGUUAAAUUAAAGGCAUUUGAAAAGUUUGAAAACACUACUGAUGCUUUAUCUGCAGUAACUGGUAUUGUUGAAGGAAAGAUGCCCAAGAACUUGAAGAAGUUUUUGCAAUCAGAAAUCAAAGAUAUGAACAAGGAACAAUUGAUUAUUAGCGACCCUAAAUUAGCUUCUUCUGUUAGUAAAAAAUUAGGCAUUAAGGUAUUGUCUGAUGGUACUGUCCAAGACCUUUUCAGAGGUAUUCGCGAGCAAUUCGAAUCUUUAGUCACCGGCCUCUCUCAUUCUGAUCUUGCUGCUAUGUCCCUUGGUCUUUCUCACUCACUCUCUCGUUAUAAGCUCAAGUUCAGCCCUGAUAAGGUUGAUACUAUGAUUGUUCAAGCUAUUGCUUUGUUAGAUGAUCUUGACAAAGAACUCAAUACAUAUGCCAUGCGUUGCAAGGAAUGGUACGGAUGGCACUUUCCUGAAAUGAACAAGAUUAUUGUCGACAACCUUGCUUUUGCCAAAGUUGUAAAGACUAUGGGAUACCGUACCAACGCUAAAGAUGCUGAUUUAUCCGCCAUUCUUCCUGAAGAACUUGAAGCUGAAGUUAAGGAAGCUGCUGAAAUUUCUAUGGGAACUGAAAUUUCUGAAGAAGAUUUGCAAAACAUCUUUGGCCUCUGUGACCAAGUUAUCACCAUCACUGAAUACAGAAACCAAUUGUAUGAAUACUUGAAGAACCGUAUGAAUGCUAUUGCACCCAACUUGACUGCACUCGUUGGUGAAUUAGUUGGUGCUCGUUUGAUCUCUCAUGCUGGUUCCCUUAUGCAACUCUCCAAGCAACCUGCUUCUACUAUUCAAAUUUUGGGUGCUGAAAAAGCACUUUUCCGUGCCUUGAAGACAAAACACAACACACCCAAGUACGGUUUGAUCUACCAUGCUUCUUUAGUUGGUCAAGCUGGCCCCAAGCAUAAGGCCAAGGUCGCUCGUUUACUCGCUGCCAAGACUGCUUUGGCUCUUAGAGUUGAUGCCCUGGGAGAAACAGAAUCUAACGAAGUUGGUGCUGAUGGUCGUAGCAAGGUUGAAGCUCGUAUUGAUUUGUUAGAAGGUCGCUUCGCCGCCAAGGCCAACAAGGAUACCUCCAUUCAAAAUCAAUCCAAGUUCAAGUUGAAUAAGGUGCAAGCAUACAAUGACAGUGCUGACGUAGCCAUGACUGAAGCAGCACCAGAAGCAGAGACAAAUGCCAAGAAGAGAAAGGCUGAUGAAGUUGAAGAAGAUGAAGAGCCAGUUGAAAAGAAGGCAAAGAAGGAGAAGAAAGAAAAGAAGGAGAAGAAGGAUAAAAAGGAGAAGAAAGAGAAGAAGGAAAAGAAAGAAAAGAAAAACAAAGAUUAG